ACUUCCCUUUUUGCAGCUCCCCUGUGUGUGUGUGUGUGUGUGUGCGUGCGCGUGCGUGCAUGCAAGUGUGUGUGUGUGUGGGGAGAUGAAAUCACACAAAGGACUGACUGAGGGAAGUGUGAGACAGACAGUCUGCAGAGUGGAGAGGUGAGAGCGAGGGAGUGACCGUGGUAGAGACACUCCGGAGAAAACACACCAGGUAACAGUCGAACGGACAGCAGACAGCCGACAACCGUCAGGGCUUUCGACACGGAGAAAGAAGAACUAACCAGGACACAGGGUGAGAGGAGAGGAGAGGAAAGUAAGAAACACGGAACACCGUAGAGCCAAAGGAAAUCCAGAGGGAAAGAAGAGGCGCAAAACUGACACUCAGCCGGGAACACAACACAAGCCUUUGCAGAUGACUGGGUGGAGAUGGCAUCCUCACCAAACAAGAAGAUGGAAGUCUACACUGUCACAGUUGCAACUGGUGAAUCUGAGUAUUCAGGUACCAACAACUACAUCUUUGUGACCCUGGUGGGGGAGAAAGGGGAGAGUGAGCGCACCCUGCUGGACAACCCUGGUAUGGACUUUUGUCGAGGAGCAGUGGACGAGUACAAGGUGACCAGUCCUCGUCCUUUAGGCUCUCUGCUGCUGGUCAGACUGGAGAAACAGCGGUACUGGGUGGAAGACAACUGGUUCUGUCGCUAUGUCACGGUGGAGCCUCCGGGUGGUGACAAGGUGGUUUUCCCCUGUUACCGCUGGCUCACAGGAGACAUCAAGGUGGAUUUGAGAGCGGGAACAGCUAAGACACAAAGGGAUGACGCCUUGGCUCAGCUGCUGGCGCACAGGAGGACAGAGCUGCAGGACAGGCAGAAGAUUUACAGAUGGGUAACAUGGGCUCCAGGGAUUCCCAGAUGUAUCGACGCUAAAACGGAAGCAGAUUUACCGCAAGACGCCCGCUUUGAAAAUGAAAAGAGGAGUGACUUUGAACACUCCUUACAUUAUGCCUUGCUGGAGUUGUCCCUGAAGAAGUUUGCCAUCCUGUUUGGAAAGUCCUGGAGCGACCUGGACGAUUUCAAACGGAUCUUCUGGAAGCUGAAAAGCCCCAUAGCAGAGUACUGCAUGGAGCACUGGAAGGAGGACUGGUUCUUUGGCUACCAGUGUUUGAACGGCUCCAACCCAAGGAUGAUCCAGAGGUGCAAGAAGCUGCCGGAGAACUUCCCUGUCACGUCCGACAUGGUGCAGAGCUCUAUGGCUCCCGGGACCAACCUGGACCAAGAACUCAAGGAAGGGACGGUCUUUUUAUUAGACUAUGCCAUCCUGGAUGGGGUUCCCACCAACACAAUCAAGGGUAAACCUCAGUACAUCGCUGCUCCGCUCUGUCUCCUGUACCAGCACCCAGAUGACGGACUCAUGCCUAUUGCUAUACAGCUGGGGCAGACUCCAGGCCUGGACACGCCCAUAUUCUUGCCCAAAGACCCACCUCUGGCCUGGCUGCUGGCCAAGAUAUGGGUGCGUCACGCUGAGUUCCAGGUGUUCCAGGUGCUGUCGCACCUGCUCAGGACUCACCUGGUGGUAGAGGUGUUCUGUGUGGCUACUCUGAGACAGCUGCCUGCUGUGCACCCUAUAUAUAAGCUCCUGGCCCCACAUCUGCGCUACACUCUUGAGAUCAACACUAGGGGGCGCAGUCAGCUCAUCUCUGCUGAUGGCAUCUUUAAACGGGUUGUGUCUACAGGUGGUGAAGGCCUGUUGAUUCUGGCUCAGAGGGAGUACAAGGUGCUGACCUACCGCUCCCUCCAGCCCUACAACGACUUCGCAGACAGAGGAGUGUCCCGGCUGCCAAACUAUUUCUACAGAGAACACAGUCUGAUGUUGUGGGAGGCCAUACACAGUUUUGUCUCUGGUAUGGUGAGCCUGUACUACCAGUCAGAUCAUGACGUGCAGGGGGACGUGGAGCUCCAAGCCUGGAUCAGAGAAAUAGCACAGGAAGGGUUGGCAGAGCUCCCCAGCUUUGGCCUACCAUCGAAGGUCAGCACCAGAGAGGAGCUGUCCACCCUGUUGGCAGUGGUCGUCUUCACCAGUACAGUCCAGCAUGCCGCUACCAACAACGGACAGUUUGACUGGUGUGCCUGGGUCCCCAACACCCCCUGCACCAUGAGACAACCUCCACCAACAGACAAGAAUGCUGCUACCAUGGAGAUGGUCAUGGCCUCCCUUCCUGAUGUCAGCCAAUCGUGUUUGCAGAUGGCUAUCACAUGGCACCUGGGUCGAGCACAACCAGACGCUAUUCCUUUGGGCCACUACACAGAGGAGCACUUCACUGAGGCACCGGCCGUUGCGCUGAUCAACGGCUUCAGAGCAGAGCUGGAGAAGAUCGAAGCCCACAUCCUGAGUCAGAAUGAAAGACUGGAGCUGCAGUACCUGUUCCUCCUGCCCAGCCGCAUAGAAAACAGCAUCACUAUAUAGACGUGGCUGACAGACUGCUCCAUGCAUUAUCUGUUUUUAUUUUGACAUUAUAAUUUUGAUUGGAUAUCAAAUAUUGAAAAAAAAAAGAUUUGAUAACAAGGAUGUUGGUUGAUGUGGAGUCAAGUAGACAUCCAGAGACGGUCCCAUCUGACAGAGCUAGUAACUGGAUGUUAAUUUAUGAUCAUAUUAUCAAAUUAAACUUGGAUGUUUUUUUAAUAGUGUACUCUUCAUUUAAUUACAUAGCUAAUGUUUUAAUUUAUACAUUCCUAAUUUUAUCAUGAAACUUUUUAAAUUGUGGAAACUAUAGCAACAGGUUGUGAUGAUAAAUUGAAAUGUCUUUGUCAUGACCAUGAAUAAUCUGACAUUUAUGGAGGUUUGAAAUAAGGACUUGUUGCUCUGUAAGUCAAAAUUCAUGCUUUCUUAUA